AUGCCUCCCCCCUCACCUCCUCAACCUCCCCCGCUCGCCUCCUCAACCUCCCCAUCCCUCCCCUCGGUCACCGCCGCUCUAUGUCUGGUGAAGAUCUGGUGCACGCGGCAGGAGAGCAGCAUCCUCAACAUCGACAUGAAGGCCAACAUCUGCUGUGUCAAGUUCAACCCCGGCUCCGCCAACUUCAUUGCGGUCGGAUCAGCGGACCAUCACAUUCACUAUUACGACAUCAGAGCGCCAGCGCUGCCACUCCACGUGUUCAGCGGGCAUCGCAAGGCCGUGAGCUACGUCAAGUUCCUCUCGCCCUCGCAGCUCGCCUCUGCCUCCACCGACAGCACGCUCCGGCUGUGGGACGUGCACUCCCACGCUGCCAUCCGCACGCUGAGGGGCCACACCAAUGAGAAGAACUUUGUGGGCUUGUCUGUCAACAGUGACUACAUCGCAUGCGGCUCCGAAACGAAUGAAGUGUACAUCUACUAUAAGGCCAUGUCUAAGCCCAUGGCAGUACACCGAUUCACCAACUCUGACCCUUUUAACGGGGAAGACAGUGACGAGGAUACAGCUCACUUCAUCUCUGCAGUGUGCUGGAAGGGCGGAGGGGGGGAGGCAGGUGGAGCAGGGGCAGGUGGGGAAGGGGGUAGUGGGCAGCAGCAGGAGGCAACAAUGCUAGCAGCAAACAGCCAAGGGACUAUCAAGGUGCUCUCUCUGGCGCCAUAA